AAUAGUUUCCCGCAGGCUGUGACUCAACAUUGGGUUGGUCAAGCUGUGCCUCCGGUAAUCAGGGAAAUCGCCUACUUUGACUUUAGCUGAUUAUUUUUUGGACUGUCAUCCUACCUAUAUUAUAUAAUGACAUUUUUAAAAUCCCGUUUCCAGUUCGGCUUUACUCGGUUUACGUUUGAAGAUAGUAUUCUCUUGAUCCGGAUCGAACCUACCUAGGUAGUCAUCAGAGUGAUGCCGCUUCAAAACCGACCUGAUAUCACGGAUAGUGCGGUAGUUGAAAUAGGUUCAGGAGCUACUAAUGAUAACAUCGUGAAACGAAUUGAAGACAAAAAGUCUUGUGAUGUUGACAAGACUUCAUGGGGUAUCUUCUCUUGGGACAUAAUAUGCUCCAGUCCAUGGGACGAAGACGUCCUCUUUGCUCGCGUCCAAAACAGCGAGCUGAAAAAUGAAUAUACUAUGAUACAAUAUAAACGGCAGAUUGAUUGUUUGUUGAAGAUUAUCUAUAACAUUGGAAAGGAGCCAUUAAACCUCUCGAGAAGACCACCUCCACCAUAUUAUGAGCUAGAUGAACGUGAGCCGCCAUGUCCUAGCUUAACGGAGAACUCCACGGUUUCUGAAUCACCAUUUUCGAUACGGACGGUCUUCACAAGGUCAUGUCGUUCGGAUGCUCUCAUGUCUCUAGAUGAUGAGGCCAAACGGGGACAGAAUAUAGAAAAUCAGGGCCCCCAAAGGAAAUGCCAGAUCGAGACGGUUGCUCUGUGUGGGCUUGGGGCUCGUUUUUGGACAUUACCCAGUGAUCUAGAGCAUUUGGAUUUGUCUAAUACGGUCACUUCAACAGACACAUCGUCCUCGGAUGAUGAUGAGGAUGAUGACCCUUUUGAUAUCCUACACCAGGCUAUCAGACAAGCAUUUUCAUCUAAUGCACAACUGGCGGGAAAAAUCAUUAACUACCUUGACCAACUCCCCCUAGAUCGCCGGGCACAAGUCUACGGAUACAGGACUAUUACACGGGGCCGUGAACAGGGAUCUGGUUGUCCUGGUAACCCAGACUAUGACGAUGAUGGCUCUAGGUCUAGAAAAAGAACAAGGGCCAACGGGGCUUCCCAGAAAGUCUCGGAGCGCAAUCAAAUUGAUGAAGAUGCUGAGGACGAGAACCAAGUCGCAGUUGCGCGUCGCCCUUCAGCAGAGCAGUCUCCAAAAAGAUACGCUUGCGCUUACUACAAGUCCGAUGGAGCUAAAUAUGGACCGAGGGCUGCUCUAAGAUACAAGUCAUGUGGAGGUCCCGGAUGGAAAGUAUUUAAUCAUUAUAAGCGUCACUUAGAACGGAUUCAUCUCUUACACCAAUGUUCUCGAUGCGGUGAUAUUUUCGAGAAGCCUGAUGAACUUCACAACCAUUUGGCUCAAGACACAAGAUGUACCAGAUCGGAAGGGGUCGAACGAGAAGGGAUGUCACAGCAAAGAUGGGACGAACUGAAGCAGAUAUUCAAAAGAAAUCGUAGAGGGCAUGACAAUCCUUCGGAUGAGGAGCGAUGGUUCCUUGCCUGGGAUGUUUUAUUUCCUGGAAUGGACAGACCAGCUACGCCCUACUAUGAGAAACCACCUCUUCCUCUUAUGUUCACCCAGAUGCAAGGAAUCUUUGAGGCUGGCCUUAAUGAUAUGCCAGAAGUAUCUCGGGAUUCAGUUCUACGAGAUAGAAUCAUGGGAUUACUUGUGAAUGCCAUUGACGCAGCAACUCGGAGCGCACCAUUGGAGUUUGAAGCUUACAGUGCUCAUAAUGGUCUCCCGCCGGCGCCGGUACCGACGUUCGGUAAUACUAAUACGAACCAGAUAAGUUACGUUGGAACAAACCCUGCGUUUGACUGGAGUACUGUAGCCCCAGUUGGUGAGCCGGACUAUCUGGAUAAUGAGAAUUUUCUGAAUGAUGUAUUGAAUAUCAACUCAUACGAUGCCGACGUGGAUUUUGACGCGGAAGGUACAUAAGAAGCCAGGGUGGCUGUCCUUAGGUCUCUUAAGAAUGGAUUUUCCAUGCUCGGGGGUGUGAC